AGGAAGGCCAUGCAGCGUAUGCACCGAUCAGGGGAUACGGGAUACUGGUAUGUCAUCUGCAGAUCCCCUCAGUCUCUGUCAGAUUUGAUGAGGAGCUUUCUGGAAGAUACUUUCUGAAGUAGUUUCUGACGGCACUAUGCACAUGUACAUGGUAGCAGGGGCAUUAUUUGUGGGCCUCCCUUACAGUAUCUCUCUGGUUGCUCAAUGGCUCUAUGGCUGGCCAAAAAAACCUGGGUACAAAAAAUAUAUAGAGGCUCUCAAACCAAGGCGCAUAUACUGCUUGACAAGAGCUGUGCUUGAGAUGCUGAAGUAUAUGCAGUAUGGCAAACUGUAUUUUCAGUGGAAAUUGUGGUACAGUAAUGACAAAAAUAACAAGCACUAUGAGAAAGGCAUCACCUUUGGCCGUCGAGGUAACAAGCUAGAUUUAUACUACUCACCAAGCACGGGUCAUUCAAAUGCAGCUCCUGUGCCGGUAGUUGUGUUUGUGUAUGGAGGUGCUUGGGGCUCAGGUGACAGAUCCAUUUAUUGUCUGUUAGCACUGCAAAUGGCAAAAGAGCUAAAUGCCUCCGUAAUUUGUCCAGAUUAUUCCAUAUAUCCAAAGGGAAAUGUUUUAAGUAUGGUUCAAGACAUCAGUGACAGUUUGCUGUGGGUGAGAGAAAGGGGCAAUUCCUUUAACCUUGACCAAGAAAACAUAGUUUUAAUUGGUCAUUCUGCAGGGGCUCAUCUUUGUGCUCUUACCACACUAUUUCUGGUGAAAGGUGUUGAAGAGCUGGUCAUUGAGGCCCACAAACAGAGAGAACUUGCAUCUGCCAUAAAAGGAAUCAUAGGUCUGAGUGGAGUAUACAGUAUAAUGGAUCAUUAUAAGCAUGAGAAAAUGCGGGCUGUUGAAUAUGUGUCAACUAUGCACAAAGCUAUGGAUGGCGUGGAGAACUUUGAUUAUUACUCACCAACAUCAUUACUCAAGAAAUUGAACAAGGAUCAAUUGAAACGAGUUCCUCCAGUGGCGUUACUCCAUGGAACCAAUGAUAUCAUAGUUCCAGUGGAAUCAUCAGUUAGAUUCUCUGAUCUCCUCACUUCGCUUUCCAUCAAGAUGUCCCUGUAUCUAAUACCCAAAAUGAACCACACUGAGAUGGUCACUGAUCUUAUGGCACCAGACAGGCACUUUUACCAUACUGUUUAUGGCUGUAUUAAACAGGAGUACAGUACAUUUCAGUGUUGUUGAUUCAUACUGUAUUCACUAAAGUAACAAACUUACUAAUAUCAUUUGUUUAAUACGACAGUCAUUAUCACUCAGUCUUUGUAUUUUCACUAUGUUAUAACAUUAUAACUAUGUUACUGUAAGUUUACAGUCCAGUUCUAAUUCUCCUGAAAUGUUUUGAUGUAGUACUUUCCUCAUUUCAAAAAAUGUGUUCAAUAUCCCAUUGUUCAAGAUGCUGAAAGCUCUUUGCUUGUUGUGUUGAAUAACAAAUUCUAUUUAAAAACAUGUAUUUUAAUGUUUAAUUCUAUGUGAAGAAAGAAGAGAAUGUUACAAUUAAGGCAGGAAGAAAAAUAAUAAAUGUACAAUUAUGUCUCCUUCAUGGAAAUGUAAUAUAAGACAUGUUACCUAUAUUGUAGGUUUAAUUGUGUAGAUUGAUUUAUCAAAAUCAUACAUUAAAUGUUUUUUUCUCUGU